UGUUAUUGAUGUUUUCACUUCCUGUGCCUGAGUCAGAGUCAGUGCAUUUUGUGUGUAUUGAAUUAUUUUCAGCUACUGUUCAGUAAGGAUUAUUGAUUUUAUAAGUAAAGACACCACACAAACUUUUAAGACUCUAUUUCGCCUUAAUUUAGCCCUAAGAUGAGUCUCUUAAAGAAAUUGUUCGGAGAUGGAAAAAAAGAUAAAACCCCAACUCCACAAGAAGGCAUACAAAGACUGAGAGAAGUUGAGGAAAUGCUCAUGAAAAAGUCCGAGUUCUUAGAGAAGAAAAUUGAAGGAGAAAUAGCCAUCGCUAGGAAAAACGGCACAAAAAAUAAAAGAGUUGCUCUUCAGGCAUUAAAGAGAAAGAAGAGAUAUGAAAAACAACUUCAGCAGAUUGAUGGUACAUUGUCUACCAUUGAGUUCCAGAGGGAAGCCUUAGAAAAUGCCAGUACAAACACAGAAGUCCUCAGUGUGAUGGGUGUAGCUGCCAAGGCACUUAAAGGGGCUCACAAUAAUCUGGAUGUAGACAAAGUCCAUGAUUUGAUGGAUGAAGUUGCUGAACAGCAAGAUGUUGCUAAUGAAAUUUCAGACGCCAUUUCACAUCCUGUUGGCUUUGGUCAGGAUAUGGAUGAGGAUGACUUAUUGGCAGAGUUAGAAGAACUAGAACAGGAAGAGUUAGACAGACAGCUAUUGGAUGUGGAAGGAACAGAACAUUUGCCAAGUGUUCCUACUGCUGAACCAUCAGAUUCAAGAAAGGCAGCACCAGCCAGAAGUCAACAGAAAGAUGAUGACGAUGAGGCCAUGCGGGAACUGGAAAUGUGGGCGUCCUAGAGCUGUGCAGGUCAGGACCUAAUCAACUAAAUGCUGUGGUAAAAGAACCCUGAGAGAAAUGCAAAUAAUGUUCUAUCUCAAUACAUGUGUAUCAUAUCAUAUGUGAUGCUUUAGUCUCUUUUUUUUUUUUCUCUUACAUGGGCCAAACAGACGUCUCUUUGUUUUGUUUGUUUUCUCUCUUGCAUUUAAUGCUACAAGUAUACUAACUGUUUUCAGCAGCGUACAAAAAAGCUAUGUCAUUGCUUCAUAAUGAAGAAAAUAAGUCGUCAUAGCAACGAUAGUGGGGCACUUAAGGAAAGGGGGGGGAGGAGGCAGUGGUAAUUCCAUUUUUAGCUACACAAAGGUUUUCAUGAAUGCAAAUUGUGAUAAUACUAAAAUCAAGUUUAUGUAUUAGAUUUCAGUCAUGCAUGUUUUUACGCUUCAAAAUUUAUUUUUUUAAUAUGUAAAAUCGUGAUCUCUUGAGUAUCAUAUACAUUAGAAGCUGUUAAUCAGUUUUUCUGUCAUGUAAACAUUACCAACUAUUUCUUUAGAAAUUACGCAUUAGUCACAAAUCAGUCAAAAACCAUUUGAACUACAAUGCAGUUGUUUGUUUUGUAUAAAUAUGUCUUAAAAACCAUAAGUGUAAUUACAUCUUUUUUUUUUUUAUUUAUGUUAUACUAGAUCAACUUUUGAAUAUUAUUGACAGUUCGCUUUUUCAAUGUCUGAGCAUUUUAAAUUCAAAUAAAUUUUCAGUUUUACAUCUUGAUUACUUAAAUUACUUAAAUUUCGAUUUCAGUUAGGAGUUAGGGUUUAAGAAAGAAAAAAAAAAAAAACAGCCUUUGAAAAGUACAAAGAAAUUUGCUUUGUCUACGAAGUUCAAUGUUCAACUAUUAAUAAUUCACUGAUUAAUAUCACAAAAGGUCAUCGGAAUUGGUUGUUGUUUUUUUUUUCAACUUUGAUAGAGAUUGUACAUUUUCUUUUGAGAUACCUAUCAUAUUAUUCAUUGAAGAUUUUUGUUUAGAGAAAAAAUUAAAUUAUGCAAAUUUUAUUCCUAUUUUUAUUUAUUACAAAAUGAUGUUGGUUGUUAUUGAUCUUUUUUAAAAAAAAUUACUUGUCUGUCUUAUUUUUAAAUUUAGACAAAUGUUUUUCCGAUUACAGUGCAUCCUAAACUCUCUAAGGCUCUACCCUCUUUCUGACCCAAAUGUUUUAGUCACUUCUAAGAUCUACAUUUAAAUCAAUAACUGUUGGUGGCAGUUAAAAAAAAUUAAUAAUCAAAGUGAAAUGAUAUUUGGUAUGAAUAGAAAGAGUUUAACUUGGACUUUGCAGCAUAAAAAAAGAAAAAAAUAGUUUUAUGUCUUGCUCAAAGACUCAUUGAAGCUUUUAAAAAAUUAUUUGUACUAAAAUAAUUCAUAGGAAUUUUCUUUAAGACAAUCAGUAUUCCUCCUCUCAGACCUUGUGAUCUAUGGGGCAGAUGAUGUGAAGGUCACCUGUUUCGGUGUCCCACAGUUAAUAAGGGUGUUAUGUGGCCAGCACAAUGACCGCCUUUAUUUUUCCCCUACUAUUGUCGGGUACCCAUUAGAGGUAGAUGGACUCAGAAGUGCUGUAAAGAUCCCGAAAUUAAAAAUCCCAAGAUUCAAAUCCGGAACAUCUUUGUUUGGAAGCCAAAUGCUUAACCUCUCAGCCACUGCGCCUCCAAUUAAUACUAAACUUAUAGAAAAUAUUAUUAUUUUUAUCCCUCUUUGAAAACUGCUGCAUGCAAUGAAUUUGUCCACAUCCAGCGUCCAAUGUGUUGUCUGUUGGCUAGGACAGGGGGUCGGCUUAGCGGGUCUAGGCUUUGUGUGUUUCAUGAUUGGAAAGAACUUGUGUGAGUUCUGUUUGAGAAAUGAUUUUAUAAUUCACACCAGGCUUUGAAUGAAAGUUGCGCUGUUGUACUUUGUCUCUUUUCAAACUAUACAUCAUUUUGUAUUAUCUAGCUCAGCGGUUCUCAACCUUUUAAGCCAGGUGACCCCUUUUUACAAUCCCCCACUCUGCCGUGACCCCCUCCACACACACACAUACAGCAAUAGAAGAAUAGACAAAAACAAUCAAUAUUUUCGAUGGUCUUAGGCGACCCCUGAAAAAUUGUCAUUCGACCCCCAAGGGGGGUCGCGACCCACAGGUUGAGAACCCCUGAUCUAGCUGAACAUGUAUCUUCUGUUGUGUUAAAAGAAUAAUGAAAGACUUUCAUACUGACAUUGCUUUCUAGUUGAUCAUGCUAAAUUGACGUGAUUGUAUUCAAUUUCUGUUGUACUGGGUUCAUUCAGCGAGUCACUCUGUAUGAACUUGUUUCUUGUUUGUGUGUACAUAUAAAUAUAUGGACGCUGGUGGCUACAUGUCCAAUAAUAUGUCAAUGUUUUAGAAUAUUGUUCAAUUUGUCUUACAGUGAGGACUAGGGUAUAAGGCAUGGUGACUCAGUGAUGAUACAAUCCUUUGGAUAUUUGGUCAGAAUAAGAGUUGGCAGCAGCUCAAUUAUACCAUAUUAAAAUGGCAUGCUGGAUAAAUUCUAAUUGUUUCCCCUGAGUUACUCAGGUCUGUGAGAUUGUUAAAUGCUCUCUUAACACUUUGAUUCACUACUAAAGUAGUUCUUAUUUUUCUUCUUUACUUUUGUAGUGAUAGAAAACUGAUUAUUAAGAUGUUUAAUGAUCCUUAGGUUUCAGUAUACAGAUUUAGAUAUAUGGAAAUAUAACAUUUGAUAAGGGAGUCCACUCCUAAGUUUUCUUUGUUUUGUUCUUAUAACCAUUGUGAUGAAAAUGUGUGAACUCUUCAUGAUUUCUUUCCAUUCUUUAUGUAUAUUAUGUAAUUAAACAAAAUUGAAGUCAUG